AUCCGUCUUAUCACAGACCACAACCGAACACGUCAGGGGAGAAAUAACGGGAUUUAACGAAAGGAUUGUUCAACACUGGAAUUUUGACAUUGAAGAGAAGACACUACAACCGCAUCAUAAAUUUGGAGUCAUGACUUUAAACAAAGGAGACAAGUUCAGGAACAUGGAUAAGAGGAGAGGUAGCAUGCCUUUUCCCGUCCACCUGCAGAACUUGCACAGGAGAAGCAUGCCAGUGGACGACCGGGAGCUGCGCUCGAUGCCCGCGGAGGGAACAGGCGAGUUGUCCAGCCUGAUGCGCUUCAGUCCCGGAGAGGAGCACAGAAAAAGCUGCGUGUCCGACUCUUCCGACUCGGUCAUCUCCUCCGGCAGUGAUUCAGAGGGGCAAGUCUACAAGGUGGUUCUUUUGGGCGAGCACGGCGUUGGGAAAUCCAGCUUGGCGAGAAUAUUUGGUGGAGUUGAAGAUAGUAACGACUGCGAGGAAACAGGAAACACAUAUGACCGAUCCCUUAUUGUUGACGAUGAGGAGACAUCAAUUCUUCUGUAUGACAUAUGGGAACAGGAUAAUAGCGGGUGGCUGAAAGACCAGUGUAUGCGAAUGGGAGACGCCUAUAUCAUAGUGUACUCUGUGACGGACAAGUCCAGCUUUGAAAAGGCUUCAGAGCUACGAAUUCAACUGCGCAGAGCUCGACAGUCAGAGAACAUCCCCAUCAUCCUGGUUGGAAACAAGAGUGACCUGGUGCGCUCCAGAGAAGUGUCGAUGGAUGAGGGCAGUGCAUGUGCCGUAGUGUUUGACUGCAAGUUCAUAGAGACCUCGGCCUCCCUGCAUCACAAUGUCCGUGACCUCUUCGAGGGCAUCGUGCGGCAAAUACGUCUACGCAAGGACAGCAAGGAGGAAAACGCCCGACGCAUGGCCAACUGCAAGCGGCGCGAGAGCAUCAGCAAGAAGGCCAAGCGUUUCCUGGGGCGCAUGGUGGCCCGCAAGAACAAGAAGAUGGCUUUUAGACAGAAGUCCAAAUCUUGUCAUGACCUGUCAGUGCUCUGAAAAACUGGACUGAUAUGCCUUCUCGUACCCAUGACCAGAAGCUGUGUUUUUAAUGCUAAUAUAAGGACUCCAUAGCUGUACAGACAAAUAUUAACAUGUUUUGUAAACUGAAAAAGAGAUCAUAUGAAAAAAGAUUAACAAAAUCAUGUUGAUUAUGAGGCAUUUCAAUGUUGUUUUAUUUAAUUUAUUUAGAUUUUUUAUUUUGUGUGUGUUUUUCGCUGCCUUAACAUGUAUAGUUGUCGAUUUUUAUGCAUGUACAUAGGUGGUAAAUCCACAAAUCACAUUGUUCCCUUUUGAGAGCUAAGGUGAUGCUUGCUCAGAAGCAAAAGACAUAGGUUCUUUUUUUACAUGUGUACCAUAUCUGUACUGAUUAUCAGAUGUGGAAUGCACCUCAGAAGAUGAGCACAAGUAUUUUCUCUUGUUUAAAUGACAUAUGAAAUCAAAUGUUACUUGAAACUGAGUACGCAGGUUCGUAACUCAGCCAAGACACAUAACUAGAAGGUUUGGGUUUCGGGGGGUAGGGCAAGAGGCAAUAUAAUAAGUUUUAAUAUGAGAAAUCUGAAAUGUUCAGUCACUCCGACAUAUGCUCCAUGUGCAAAUGACAUAGAAGCAAUAAAUAAUGUGUUGUGAGCUGUUUUAAAAAUGUUUGAUUUGCACUUACGACAUUGAAUAUUAUUGAGCUGUUAAUUUUGUUACAUGUUUACAUUGGUUUUAUAAUAAAAUUAUAAUUAUG